AUGUAAUUGCAUUCAUGGAAAUUAGCCUCAGAGAAGCUGAGCUGUGCACAAGUAACAGUUAGGGUCACAGCUCCUUGCAUAUACAUCUCUGUGGUACAGGCCAGCGUUCUCCAGGACCAACUCCCUUUCCACUAGCAGUUUUUGUUCAUCUUUCAUUUCAUCUGGACGCCUUUUUUCUUUUUUCUGCUGUGCUGGCAUACACAUGCUCUCUUUCCUCCAUCUCUUGCUCCAUCUAGUGCUGUGGAAGCACCCAGGAGACUGGAACUGCUAUAUAAAUCUGCUAUGGGCUCUGAAGAGAGAAGCAACAAUCUGCUGGUGAUUUAAUGUUGCAACCCAGGGCUUUCAAGGACACUAGGGCAGCAGGACAGGGGACUCACCUUGGUUCCAGGUGACCUGUCUUUACAAGAACGUCAGGAACUGGAAAAUAUCCGUCGUCGGAAGCAGGAACUGUUGGCUGACAUUCAGCGUUUGAAGGAUGAGAUAGCAGAAGUGACGAAUGAAAUUGAGAGCCUGGGAUCUACAGAAGAGAGGAAAAACAUGCAGAGGAACAAACAGGUAGCCAUGGGCAGGAAAAAGUUCAAUAUGGACCCCAAAAAGGGGAUCCAGUUUCUGAUAGAAAAUGACCUGUUGAAGAACACUUGUGAAGACAUUGCACAAUUCCUAUACAAAGGUGAAGGGCUCAACAAAACUGCUAUUGGAGACUACCUAGGUGAAAGAGAUGAAUUUAACAUCCAAGUCCUUCAUGCUUUUGUGGAGUUGCAUGAAUUCACAGAUCUUAAUCUUGUCCAGGCAUUACGGCAGUUUCUGUGGAGCUUUCGUCUUCCAGGAGAGGCACAGAAGAUUGAUCGAAUGAUGGAGGCAUUUGCACAGCGAUAUUGUCAAUGCAAUAAUGGAGUCUUUCAGUCCACAGAUACUUGCUAUGUUCUCUCCUUUGCCAUCAUUAUGUUGAAUACCAGCCUUCAUAACCCCAAUGUCAAAGAUAAACCCACAGUGGAGAGGUUUAUUGCCAUGAAUCGAGGUAUUAAUGAUGGAGGUGAUCUGCCAGAAGAGCUACUCAGGAAUCUAUACGAGAGCAUAAAAAAUGAACCCUUUAAAAUCCCUGAAGAUGACGGAAAUGACCUCACUCAUACUUUCUUCAAUCCAGAUCGUGAAGGCUGGCUACUAAAACUUGGAGGUGGCAGGGUAAAAACGUGGAAGAGACGCUGGUUCAUUCUGACUGACAAUUGCCUUUACUACUUUGAAUAUACAACGGAUAAGGAACCCCGUGGAAUUAUUCCUUUAGAGAACCUAAGCAUCCGGGAGGUAGAGGAUUCCAAAAAGCCAAACUGCUUUGAGCUUUAUAUCCCUGACAAUAAGGAUCAAGUAAUCAAAGCUUGUAAGACUGAGGCUGAUGGUCGAGUUGUGGAGGGAAAUCAUACAGUCUAUCGGAUUUCAGCUCCAACUCCUGAAGAAAAAGAAGAAUGGAUCAAAUGCAUCAAAGCAGCCAUCAGCAGGGAUCCUUUCUAUGAGAUGUUAGCAACAAGGAAGAAGAAAGUUUCUUCUACCAAGAGACAUUAAGAGGCUGUACCAGCUAAUGAGGAUCAGAACCUUAUAGUGUGAAGAAUUCUUGAUUAUCCCCUUCUGCAGUUCUACACAUGGGGAGAGAGAGGGCUGCAAAGCAGGAGCAUCUUCUGCCACUUAACAUCGCCCUGAAUUCCUAAGGACCAGCUUCAGCUUUUGCAAAUUUUUUUUAAGCAAGUGGAGGGAGGGGUCAGGGUGGGUAGUUAUCAGUUGGGGAAAAGAGGGAACCUGAGCCCUUUUAAGGCAUGGAUUCAUAAUUUUUUUUUUUGAAAAAGAACAGAGAGCAAAUCAGCUUCCCUGCAAGUCUCUCCACUCAGCAGGUCUGAUAGCAGAGCUUGGAGCCAACCAUUUACCUCUUGGUUAUUUUUCCUGUGAAGAAGCCUUCAAUUCCUGCAUCAUAGGUACAUUUAUAAAUAUAUUAUAUGUUAAAGUGAAAGGUUGAGAUGGAAGAGAUAAGCCACAACCAUAAAGAUAUAUUUUUGGCUUUAAAGAAGUUUGCCCAGAUGCAUUAUUCUCUUUCCAGUCUUGAAGACUCCCAGAUAAAUUGUGUUCCUCCCUGGGGGAUGGAGCAACAUAGGCAACACAGAUAUCUACCACCAGGCAUUGAGAAGUAAUGAGGGUAAUGCCUAUACUACCUCUCCAAUUUGCUUUGCAUUCUUCUGGUUUAGUGAGUUGGAGAAUAUUUUCUGUGGUUUGCGUAAACUAUUGGGUUUGGGAGAAAGGUGGGGUUGAGGGUUGGGGGGUGAAGAAUGGGAAAGGAAGUUUUCUGAAACUUAAUGGGGUCCUCAGAUUUUAUUUUACUCACCUACUAGGGACUUAAACAAAGUCACUACUUUGUGGGCCCUGUGGUUGCUGUGGCCAUUCAUGCCAUGAGCUGCAAAACAAAAUAGAAUUCUGUUGUUGGUAGUGUUUUCUCAUUUUCACUGCACUGGGGACACUGAAGAGAAGGGAAUCGUUGGAGUUUUUGAGUGCUUUUUUUUUUAUUUUUCAGAAUUAAUGCUUCUCCUGACCUUAAAAAGAAAAAAAAUCAGCAUUUUUCAUUGAGCAAAACACCAAAUAACCAAAAUGAUGAGGAAGGCAAUUCCCAUGGGUACUUGAGAAUGAUUGAUCAGUUGCCUCAUUUUUUUUUUCUUUUCUAAUAUUUUCAGCUAAUUUCCUUAAAGCUCUAGUCCUCGUUUUAGAGGAAAGAGCAUAUUCUUCUUAGUCGCCUUGAGGUUUCAUUUUUUUCCCCUUAAAUUAAGUAGCCCAUAAGUACUUCCCUAAAUGCAUCUUCACCUUAGGAUGUAAUUUGCUUGAUCCUACCAAAGGAUUAAACUGAAACUCUUCCUGUAUUAUAAUUCAAGUGGUUUCUUGAAGUAGGUAGAUAACAGUUUGAGCCCAUAAAAUGCAACUCCCCGGAAUUAUCAGUAGUAGCAGUUCCUUACUUCCAUAGAAUCCAACCUGGCAAUCCAAAAAACCCUGAGAAUAAUUUACCAAUACAUUUCUUCCUAUAUGUAUGUUGAGUUACAUUUUAAGGCACAAAAAGUUCUUGCUAUUAUAAAGAGAUAACUUUGUAAGCCAUUCAGAUUCCCAACAAGUGACAGAGCCCUCAGGGCUCUCCAUCUCUGAAAAUCAUUCUGAAAAGGUAUUGGGGAGAACAAGAGAGCCUGGGGAUGGAUCAGUAAUAGUGUCCCACCUUGCAAUGGAAAUGAAUUACUGAAUAUUACCUGAAGUCUUAUAAGUGGUUUAGUGGAAUAGCAUCAAGUGUUUUUGUGGCUGGGUCCUGUUUGGAAGGUAUCUGGAAAAAAAGCACAACCAGAACCUUCUAUUUAAUAGCAGAACAACCAUUGAAGGAAAACAAGAUUCGGCAAGGCUUCAGGUCUGUUGUUAAUACCAGAAUUACCUCAACUAAGUCCAAUAUUUUGACAUGUUUCAUUUCCUCCCUUUGUGAGUCAAAUCAGUACACUGGUUCUAGCAAGUAAGCGGGGGGUGAAGAGGGUGAGGAAAGGGAGGCAAGUGGAUCAGUAUUAGUUUAUUUAUCAGAGAUGUAAAUAAUCUAUGUAUAGUUUUUCUCCUUUAGAUUAUUUUGUAUUUGGAAAAAGGUUUUUUUUGUUUGUUUGUUUGUUUGUUUGUUUGUUUUUUUUUUUUGGUGGGGGAGAUUUAAAGAGAGAAGUAAUUACUGAUAACAGGAUUUAUUUUAAUUAUUCUGAUUUGUUUUGUUUUGUUUUGCUUUGUUUUGUUUUGUUUUGUUUUGUUUUGCCAUGUAAACUAGAGCCAAGAAAUUGCAGCAAAUAAACUCCAACCCUUCCCUGAGCUGCA